CUAAAGUCGAAAUUCGAGCCGUGCGUUUCUCCAAAACAGUUUAAUGCACGAGCUGCCGAUCCCGUCCCCCCCCAUCGGACUGCGCUGCGACGGACGCGGUGGCGCGCUGUAACUGGUCUUGACUGCGCAGUUGCAGCUUAGUGGUUACGGAGUCGACUUGAUUGAUCUUCACGUCCACGGCUGUCUUUUCUUUUCCCCCCGCCCGACACUCCUUCCCAGCACUGUUCAGUCUGCCUGCUGCCGUCUGCCUCUCGCUCUUCCCAUCUCAUCAACCGCUACAGCACACACGCCUGGACGCCGGUCGUGCCAGUGGAAUUGGCACAUUUGGAUUCGACGUUUGAAAGUCAAGCUGAAACACGAUUGUGGGACUUGAGCGAUUGCAACGUGGGGUUGUACAACGACAUUCUACAAGCUUCAACGACGAUAUAACGACGACAUGGCUCCGAGCUUCACCUCACGUCCACGCUCGUCGCGCGACUCGAGACCGGCCAGUCGAGCAGACGACGACCUUGUCAUCCCGGAUCGCACCUCGUCGCUACAUUCGCGCAUCACACAGCCUCUGGCAUCGCAACUAACCCAGCCGCGCAAUGGCCAGCGAACUCCAAAGACCCUCACCCAUGCUUACAUGGUGUGUGGCGUCGGUCGUGAGCCGUCGCAAUGGGUCAAGGCUCCUCCGCCAUCCCAGGGAAAGAUUGGACACAUGAAGGGCGCUGUUGGUCAGUUCUGGCUCCCUGAGAUUCUAGGGAGCAGUCCGAGGCUGGAACAGGACAACGACAUCGCCCGCGCCCUUCAUGCUGCGAUGAGGGCAUGUUUCCCUCAUGACGUCGAAAUUUGCACAGGCACCAUGCAACCUCACUGUGUACACCAUGCAUUCGUUCUCCAGCAAGAUUCUUCACACACUCUUUACGGUAUUGCCCUCCGCGUCUGGUCUCGCGCUGAUGAGAAGCGCGCUGAAACAAUUCGCGAGCUGAGAAAACGUACCGAGACCGACUACUACGAGACUCCUGGCGAGACAUACUGGAUUCCUUACUGCUUGAGUUUCCUUUCUAGAUACCCCUUGUAUAACCUGCUCGGCGACUACCUUCGUGGCAUGUGGAUCCACUGGAACAAGGCUACUAACCUCUUCCAUGCAGAGGAAGUCUCUCGCAUACUCAGUUUCCCUGCUCCUAGGCUCAACGACCUUGUCCGUAUCGACAUGAAGGACUACGCUCUUUGCUACCAAUUCCCUUCUUCUCCUACUGGCUUCCAGAAUUUCGCCAUGUGGCCUCUCUUUUCUUGUCUAUCUAUUCCCAACAUUGUCGGUGUCACCGAAGCCGCCAUCUCGCCCACCCGAAGAAUCAUCUUCGUUAGUCACUACCCGGCAAUGCUUACAAUGGCUGCCGAAACUAUCCGUUACAUGGUUCGUGUCUAUGAAUGGAGCGGCUUGUAUGUGCCCAUUGCGCAUGCUCGCCAUGCAAGGGACCUCGUCCAGGAGCCUGGUCCGUACAUUAUUGGUGUCACUGCUGAAUGCCGCACUCUCUUUACUGCCCCAAACGAUGCCUUGGUAGUUGACCUGGACCGCAACUUCGUACUGACCUCCAGCCCACCGGACGUUUUGACAGGAGGCCAAAGGACUAAAAUGAUCAAUCGUCUCACCCAGGCCUUGAAAGGCGAUGUCGCACCCUCUGGUGUUCCCCAGCAUCUUCGAUCGGCUUAUGGUGGCGGUAAGCUCAUUCCGGCAGGUCAGAUUAUCGUCAUGCGUGGCGAAGUCGAAAGUGUGCAGGAUCCCGGUUGGUGGAACCAAGACGCAGUCAUGUCUGUCAUGGACCACGUCUGCGAGAAAUUGGGACGCAACACUGGCAUUAAGGCUGUCUUUGGUGGUUCCCAGAAGAAGCCUUUGAUGACCAAGGUGUCAACGCGUCAUCUCAACGAAAUCAUCCGCGAGCGCAAUCAAUACUCUCGUGAUGCGAACGAGGCCUGGCAAGAUUUCAUCAAUCUCAAGUGCCGCAUGGAUACAGAGGUUGUCAAGGUCACCAAGCGCAACAACAUCCUCGACGCUGAGCUCGACUCCUGGAAGCAGCAAUUCCUCAAAUUCCAGUCUUUCGCCGAGACACUCACCAAGGAGACACAGGAGCUCAAGGUCAAGAUCGAGGGUCACAAGCGUGAGAAUAGAAGAAUCGCUCAGAUCUCCGAGCAAGCAAAGGAGGAGAUUGCCCGUCUUACUCCCAGACUUAGUGGUACUGAGAAGCAAAGGGACGAUGCUCUGGAAGCUCUUGUUCUGCAACAAGAAAUUGCUGAGGAGCUCGAACGCGAACGCAAGCGUAACAAGCAAGAAAUCGCAUCUCUGCAGCAAACCAACUCAGCUGUACUCCGUCAACGCGAUGAGGCACAGCGUGUUGUUCUCCAUCUACGUGCUUUGAUCGACGGUCAGGCACACCACAUGGAGCACAUCGUCCGCACCAUCGAAUUGCCUGACGAGGUCGAUGAAGCCGCAGCCACUGCUCUUCCUGCAUCUCCUGCUCCAGGUUCGUCGGUUGCAGGAGACAACGCCAGCGCGCAGACUUCGCGCGCCUCGUCGCGCAGCAGCACUCGUAUGUCAGCUCGUGGCGAAGAUGCUGCAGCUGAGAUUCUCCGUCGCAAUGCUGACGCCCGUCGUCGUCUCAGCGCUCUCAGUAUGACCGAUGUCGCAGACCGACAAUUGCGCGACAAGACUGAUGCGAUUGCCUACAUCAUCCGCAACAUCAGUGAGCAGUGCGCCGCAGCAGUUGAAGGUCUCAACAUGGCUCAACGUGCCGAGUCCGUUGCCGGUGACCGCAACGGCAACGAGGACGACGCAAGUCUUGCCUCCUCCGAACACGGCGGCAACCUCAAGCGUCGUAGCAAGGGUCGCAUCAUGACACGCGCCUCCCUCAGCGAUGCCGCUUCCGAAUACGACGGUAGCGAAUCCUCCAACUACAGCCUCCACGACGCACGAAGCCACACAAUCCGCAGCAGCAUCCCAGCCACACCCGAUCUCGUACACAGUCACAGUUUAAACACACUGAACCGCAGCAGCACAUCUAUGAGCAUGAUUUCCUCCUCCACAGUUGCCACACCAGAUAGAGGUAGCAUGCAAAGCCACUGGCGUACUACUCUGCAAGAAGACAUCCCAGAGCUUCCCACCAAGAUUGCGAGGACGGAGUCUGGAGAUUCUGGGGCUGGUGAUGAAUUUGAUGCUGGUACUGCUGCUGAGGAUGAAGAGCCUGUGAAUGCAAAGUACUCUACUAGAGGGCUCGAGCAUCGUUUGCAGAUGCGUUCUAAUUAGACGUUCUUCUUUUUGUGAGGUCUCUUUUUUUUUCUUUUUCUUAUUCCUCAAAAUUCUCGUGGUGUAUUUCUACUUAUUUCUUCUGAUGAUAUGGAUUAUCUCGUUUGUAUGUUUUCUUUUCUUUGCUCUUUUCUUUACUUUUGUUUUGAUAUUCUCAAUUACCCUUAAGCAGGCGAGCGCUUUCUUGUUUUCUGUUUGUGGUUUUCCUCGUCCCAGCUAAAUCUAUUUAUCCUUUUUCUCUUCAUCCAGUUUCUUGUCAGCAGUGCAACGUGAUCUUGAUCUUACGUAUAACAACUAUGCC